GGAAACAGCUGCUCCCGCUGCCCUGACCCCGCCAGCUGUGGGCGUCGGCGUCCAGAGGGGGCCGGCCCAGCUGCGGCUGCGGCGCAUUGGCCCCGAGGAUCUGGCGCAGAAGCUCCUUCCUUCCCCAGCCCCGCGCCGGGGGGAGGCCAGAGGGCCGCCCGGCCCCAGGACCGCGGGCACUGCGGCUCCCGGUGGCACGGAACCUGGGCAGGGCCCAUGAGCCAGGGAGCCGUCCGCGCCCAGCUGUGUCCAGGGAGGGCCUCGCCCGGGCCGAGGGGCCUGAGGGGAGCCGCGGGCGCUGGCUCUGCCUGUGUGCGCCCCCCACGAUGGCUCGUGCCCACCCCGGGGUGGAGCCCAGCGCCUGAGGUUCUGACCAUGGUGAUGCUCCUGAGGAAAAGCCUCGACAACCGGGCGGCGGGGACCGCGGCACGCGGGACCCUCACCCCCGAGCUGCACACGCCAAAGAUGAGCCGCGGGCCGACGCUCUUCUCCUGCGGAGUGACGGAGAAUGGCAGGUGGCGCGACCUGGACAGGAAGUGCCCGCUGCAGACGGAGCAGCCGGGCGGCCGGCUCUGGGAGGGCUUCCCCGAGCGCUGCCCGGACCCUGCCCUGUGGCCCCGGGAGGCCGCCGCCGCCGCCUGCGCCGUGACCAGCCUCAUCCAGGACCUCAGCCUCAGCGACCCCAGCGGGAGCCCCGCGGCCCCGCCCAGCAAGCGCCCCUGCCGCUCCCUGUCCUUCUCCGACGAACUGUCCGGCUGCCGGCCGUCCUGGCGGCCCCUGGGCUCCCGCGUGUGGACGCCGGUGGAGAAGCGGCGCUGCUACAGCGGGGGCAGCGUGCAGCGCUUCUCGGGGGGCGGCAGCCCCGUGCAGCGCAGCUCCAGCUUCAGCCUGCCCUCGCGGCCCGCGGCCCCCGCGCCCGCCCCGGCCCGGCCCGGCCCCCCCAGCGCGGCCCCCUGGAGCCCCCCGGCCGGCGGCCGGCUGGACCUGCAGCGCUCCCUGUCCUGCUCUCACGACCGCUUCUCCUUCGCGGGGGACGGCGCCCCCUCGGCCAGCAGCACCCCCGCCUCCACGCCCGAGCUGGCCCGCCGGCCCAGCGGGCUGGCCCGCAGCCGCUCACAGCCCUGCGUCCUCAACGACAGGAAGGCGGGCGUCAAGCGGCGGCGCCCCGACGAGGCCCUGGAGCCGCGGCCGUCGCUGGACCUGGCCAAGAUGGCCCAGAACUGCCAGACGUUCAGCAGCCUCAGCAGCCUGGGAGCGGCGGGUGUGGACGUCGGUGGCCCCCGGGCCUGGACCGCUUUGCUCUCGGCCUCGGGCCCCGGGGGCAGGACCCCAGCCGGGACCCCGGUCCCCGAGCCGCCGCCCCCGUCCUUCGACGACCCCCUGGCCUGCCGGGAGGAGCUGUGCUGGGAGGAGGCGGACGGCGGCCCCCUGGACGAUGGCUGUGGCCAGAGGUGGGAGACGGCCACGGCCUGGCGGGACCGCGCGGCCACAGGGGGCAGCCCCUGUUCCCUGGACGGCGAGCUGGACAUUGAGCAGAUCGAGCAGAACUGAGGGGCCCGGGGCGCCGGCGGGAGGAUGCCGGCCGGCCUGCGCCUCGGGCCACCCCACCCUCACCAGCACUGCAGGGGCCCGGGCGCGGGGACACCGACCCCGGCAGGCACGCAAAGCUGAUCGGCUGAGCCCGGUGGGGCUCCGUCGGGGCGUGCGGCCCCUCAGCCUCCUGCUCAGGUCACUCACUGACCCUGUGCCUUCACCCCCCCCACCCCCCGCUUCUAGUGACCCCAGAACCGCCGGCCUUAACGGCACGGGCAGUGCCCCACACCGGGCCAGAGGCCAUCUCGCCCACGUGGGGUCACCUGCUGGCCCCAGAGCAGCCCCCACUGUCCCCUGGGGCCGCUGUGCCGGGGGUGGGCCUAGGGCGGCCUUUGCAGUGCUCACGGCCCUUGGGGUUGGCCCGGAGGGCUGGCGGGUGGGUCUGGCUCACUGUUGGGCCCUGCUGGCCUGAACCCGGGCACAGCGCCAUCUGCGGGGACCCCACCGGGCACACACUGGCAUAGGUUUGGGCUUCUGCCACCCCGAGAGGCUGCCCCAAAGUGCUGCUCCCAGCCCCAGACCCUGGGCCGGGCCCCUGUCUGGGGCGGGGGCACCUCAGGACUUCCCCCAAAGGCACAGGGCUCCGAGCCGGACGCUGGGGGAGGGGGGACGAGGCGCUCGCCUGCGGCCCCCACGGCCUUGACCUUGCCACGAAGGAGGGCACAUACCACAGGCCGCCCUCUGCUCAGGAAGGCCCAGCACUGGCGAGGGAAGCCCUGGGGCGCCCCCAGAAGCAGAACCUCCCGUACCCCUCCCCCCGCCAGCCCGGAGUGGGGGGCGCACCCACCGGCAGGGCAGACCCCGCCAAAGGAGCCUCACUUUUGUCGGGGCCCCGAGGACAGGCAGAGGUGCUGGGGGCUGCAGAAGCCUC